CUUGCUUGCAGACUCAGUCAGCAACAGCGCAGUCUUUAGUAGAUCCAAGUUUCCCUCAGACAAUAAAACAUAUGGCUCCAAAGCGGUAGCCAUACUAUUGGACUGCUUGAUCGACAAGCUGCCAGUUCAAUACAGGAAGAGCCUUUGCGAUGGGCAAGCUCAUCAAGAACCACUGGGCACGACUGCUCGUAAUGACCGCAGCAACAUAUCACAUUGCCGCAUCGAUAGAAGGCUUCUUCUGGCCUAAGUUCUUCUUCGACUUCCUCACCAAGAACUUCGACGGAGCUGUCAAGCCCAUACCGAUCCUUCAGAUCAUCAACCUCGUCUUUGCCGUUGUGACGCUGGCGUUCGAAUGGCCGCUCAAUGUUCUGGCCGGUACGAGCGCGCACAAGAGCAUCGAAGCGCGGAUAAUUUGGUUGCCGCUAUGCAGCUUGACGGCGGUCUUGAUGUACCAGGCGACAAAUCCUGCGCUGUACUAUCUGAUUGGCUGCGCUGUGUACUUCUGGGCCUAUUGCGAGGGCGAGGUUGUGUGUGAUAUCCCGUGGUCACUACCGAAGAAGGCUGACAAGAAGCCGCGACUCGAGAAAGUGUAAGAUACCCUCGAGGCCGAAUCCACUGUUAUCCUUUUACGACAUUGUAGCGCGGCGUUCAGGUCACAAGAGUGGAGAAGACCUGCAUAGAUCUUGUCUGUACAGUAUGUAUGCGUACAGCGUGCAAAUAGUCGAUCACGGCUGUCCCCCUCCUGCAACUGCGGGCC